CCUUCAGCAGGCCGGCCAGCACCUCCCAGCAGUGCAGCAGCGUGUCCGACUCGUAGAAAUGAUCCUCGCAGCUGUAUCCACUGCAAAUGAUAACAAUGUGGGACGACGAUGCUACAAGCGAAACUGCAGUCCGGACUGCUUGGCAUGCUGACGCUGAGAAAUGGAGUACGUCGUGAGCGGCAAAGUGAAAGACCUGCAAGCUGCCUUAUUUCCGGUACAACCGAUUCCUGGUAAUUCAAUAGCAAGCCAAUGUCUGCAGUCGCGCUGUGGAAUCGAGAGGAAGGACCUAGAUUCCGUCUUAUCCUUGACCUCGGGAUUUGUCAGGUGCCGCGAGAGCAAGGAAACUUUUCAAACGCUGCUGGUCGAUUCCAACCUUAUUGGAUUAGACGCAGUGACACAGGAAGCACGAUGGCCCACGGAAUGUCAAGUCUUGCCAGACAGAGUUCGACACGUGGAGUACAGUCCUGCGGAGCCGGAGCCUUUCUACGUGCCCACCGGAAAGGAGCCAAGACCAAAGCCCAUCGGGGACGAGUCCGGGACUAUCGUCUACCGCUACUGUCCUGCAAAUGCGACGAAUUACUUCAGCAGAUCAUGCAUAGGCGGUAGCACAGUUUUGAGCCUCGACGCCCCGUCGACGAUCGAAGAAACUGCGGCGGAUUGCGUGACACAAUCAAGCGGAACGGACCUCUGCUUCGAGUCUAGAUUCGAGUCGGGGAAUCUGGGCAAAGUCAUUAAAAUUACUGACACUUAUUAUCAGCUGCACUUGCGCAAGGACCUCUACACCCAGCGACACAUGCAAUGGUACUACUUUAGGAUAUCCAACACGAAAAGUGGGACGAUGUACAGACUGUCCAUCGUCAAUUUGUGCAAAGAAGACAGCCUGUACAACGAGGGACUGAGGCCCCUGCUCUAUUCCACCAAAGACGCGAACCUGAAGUCGAUCGGCUGGAGGAGAUGCGGCGAGAACAUCAGCUACUACAAGAACGAUUCGUCGGACGAGGAGAAGGAGAAGCACACGCUGACUUUCAACAUCUACUUCCCCCACGACCAGGACAUCGUCUACCUGGCCCACUGCUACCCCUACACCUAUACCGAUCUCCAGGAGUACCUAGCGAAAAUAGCCAACGACCCGGUGAAAACACGCUUCACGAAACUGCGCCUGCUAUGCCGCAGUCUGGCAGGCAACGGCGUUUACUACCUGACGAUAACGGCGCCAACGGCGAACGACGAGGCUCGUCGAAAAAAGGGCGUCGUAAUCACCGCCCGCGUGCAUCCGGGCGAGACGCCGUCGAGCUGGAUAAUGAAGGGGAUCAUCGACUUUCUCACCGGCGAGUCCAAUCAGGCCAGGGAACUCCGCGAGCGCUUCAUCUUCAAGCUGGUGCCGAUGCUGAACCCCGACGGCGUGAUAGUCGGCAACAACCGCUGCUCCUUAUCGGGCAAAGACCUGAACCGGCAGUACCGAACGGUAAUGCGCGAGAGCUACCCCUCGGUCUGGCACACGAAGCUCAUGAUUCGCCGACUGAUGGAGGAAUGCGGCAUCGCCAUGUACUGCGAUCUACACGCUCACUCGCGCAAGCAAAAUAUAUUCAUCUACGGCUGCGAGAGCAAGAGAGCCGGCUGUCCUGGGAAACUCGCCGAGCAGGUGUUUCCACUCAUGCUGCACAAGAACGCAGCGGAUAAGUUUUCCUUCGAGAACUGCAAGUUUCACAUCGAGAAGGGCAAGGAGGGCACUGGAAGAGUCGUCGUCUGGCUGAUGGGCAUACAGAACAGCUAUACUAUGGAGGCGUCCUUGGGAGGAUCGAAGCUCGGCUCGAGGUCCGGGACCCACUUUUCCACGCAGGAUUACGAGCAGAUCGGCAAGGCUUUCUGCGAGACGCUGCUUGACUUCUCGGAUAACGAUCCUAUUAAGGAAAAACUGAGAAAUAAGAUAAUAGCAAGGCUGGCUAAGGAAGGAUCCAGCGCGGAUGAACCGACGAAUAUCGAGCUUACCGAUUACUCUAGCGAUGAAGGGGACACCUCCGACAGCUCGUCGGAAGAAGACAAGUACAACAACGAGAUGAUACAGAGGCGCUUGAAUUCCUGUACCGAGGACCGACGAUAUUUGUGCGUGCCACCGCCUUCUCCUAUGCUCUUGAAGCCUGCCACAGCGGACCCAUUUCGAAAGAUGAAAAAGCCCAAGACCAAUCUUCCGAGGACUGUAAUGAUGCGCAGAAAGGCAAUGAGAAACAGAAAGGCGAUGGAUUUACCAACGACUGAUCCCGGCAGCGAUUUGUACUUCACGGAUUCGGGCGACGAAACCAACUUCCGUUCGGCCGCAGAGACGAAGGAGAAAGAUUCGGACGACGAGACGCGAUUCUACGGCAAGGAGAAUCAAGAUGAAAAGAAGUCUGACUUAGAUUUACCCUUAAUCGUAAGACCUCGAAGCCUGUCGCUCGGCGAAGAAAUCAUUUCGGCCGAUCUGGCCAGGAAAAACAAGCGGCGCUUGCGGCGCCGACGACUGCCUAGGCCUCUCAGAAAUCUGUCUCCCGUUAUACAAAAGAGCCAGGACAUGCAGAUAAAAUUGUUGUCUCUGAGACGACAAAUUUGGACUGGAAUGGGCAAUUAUGAGGUGAAAAAUGAAGAGAGCGUUGAGAUUUCUUUGACCAACAAUUAUCCUCUCAGCUGGGGUGUUUCCAAGAUGGCCUGUGAAUACCAAACUGACAACGAAGCCCUUUUAGAAUCUUGCUCAAGAAAGUUAGAAGAAUUGAGCUACAACAAGCAAAAUGACUCGAAGAAAUCAAAAAAGAAAGCCCGCAAGAAAUCCACUAAAGUCAUUGAGAUUCCUCCUGUGAUAAACAUAGAAGAAGAGAAUCGACAGGCCCUGAAAAAGAAAAAGCCUCGAGUGAAGCGACAGAGAGCAGUCAAAUCUAGCCUAGAACCUCUGGAUAACAAUGCAAUCAUGCUUACCUCUGAUGGAUUAGACUCUCUAAAGCUAUUUGGAACUGCCAAACUUCCCAAGGUUCAGUCAAAGCACAAGUCAGAGUCUAAAAGAAAGCUCAACAGAGCAGUUCUUGCGGCAACCAUAACAACAUCAAAAAUGAAACCAAAACCUCCUGUUGAUUCAGUGGGUGACAGUUCGAGCUCUGAAAACUCUCCACUUGCCAGACGUAAGAGCAUCAAGAAGAAGAACAAUAUCACAGCAGGAAAGAAGCGCAUACAGAGUGCAGUGGUUGCUAAGAAAGAUUCAAAAUAAAUAUUCCCACUUAGCGACUGCUGUACCAUUAAUUACGCACUGCCAGUUACAUUCUACAUCACCUACUUAAUCGUGCCACUGAAAAAAGGACGUACUCGUAUCAUUAAUAACUUAUUAAAUGUUACAUUGAAAAUCGUAAAUACAUCCGGGUGCGGCAAUGCAAACACUUGGAUCUGCAUAACCUCACUUAUGGAUUAAGUGUUGUUUUGACAUACAUUUGUAUCGUGUAGAAUACAUUUUAUAUGCUCUGUAAGACAAGUAAUUUAAUAAUCGUUAAUUGUUAAAGCCAUGUUAAUUCUAAACUUGUUCUGUUCGACAGAAUUUACUUAAUGCAAUACAAAUAAACGAAAGUUAGAGAUACCA